GCGUAUUCAGUAUCGAUCUAUCGAUAGUCUAGCCAUAAAUUGUAUCUAACUGGGCACCCGUUUAUAAACACAAUUAAGAUAUUGGCGCGCCAUGGAACUAAGAAGCAUAUUGCCAAAAACUUCAAAUACAAAUAAUAAAAUCAUCUUGCCUACAGUAUCGAAUGUGAAGAAACCGGAAACUGGUCGUCUCUACUACUGUCGUUCCUGCCUGGUGGCGUUUCCCCGGUUCCUUGCUUGCAAGGUACAUGAGCAGCUGUGCGAUGCACGUAUAGCCCGGCUGCACAUAUGCAAAUACUGCCUAACGCUGUACGGUGAUGAGCAGCUGCAUCAGCGUCACAUCCAACGCAAACACACGGAUCGGCGGUAUAUGUGUUUGCAGUGCGGUACAUUUGGUAAACGCUAUAGCUCCUCGAUAUUCCUCUUCAAGCACGUCGUGUCGUGGCAUGGCGAACAGUCGCUCUUUUACUGUGCAAUGUGCGCGGAUAACUGCAACGACGCGAAAGCGUUUAACUGCAUGAAUAACCUGAUUGCUCAUGCUGAGAGCGAGCACAGUCUGCAUGGCGAUGGCAGCGUUGUGGACGAGACGGAGGAUCUGGAAAUGCUUGAGGAGAACAUUGACGAGCUGCUGCCAACGGUUGACUGGGAUGAUGACUUAACAUUUGGAUGGCCCAUGGAUUUGGAUAAAGAGUCCUGCAUCGCUGAUCCAAAGCCCAAGCCCAGCGCCUACGUUUGUCCAAUUUGCGCCAAUGGAUAUACCGGCAGCAUCAGCCUAUUGAAGCAUAUUGAAAAAUCGCAUCAGCGUAAUCCUCUUGACUGCAUCUUCUGUGGCAAAUCGCACAAAAACCGCGAGGCCGUAAGAGUACAUUUGCAGCGCCAGCACGUUCUACUGCGCGCCCACAUCUGCAAAGUGUGCCAGGCGGACUUCACCACCGCCGAUCACCUGUUGAAGCACAUGAGAAGCCAGCAUCUAGAGCGUGCCUAUGUCUGCCCCGAAUGCGGCAAGUCCUUUGCCCAAAUAAGUCAUCUAACUGAGCACAUGAUGUCCGAACGUGGACAUAUCAAACAUAUCUGCACUCUAUGCAAUACGCAGUUCUUUCGAUCCAUCGAUCUCACGCGGCACAUUCAAAGCCAACACUCUGCGAAUCCCUAGCAAGAAGCAGUUACAGGUUAUUAUAUCUUUAGCAAACCAGAAACAUCCUUCUUUCAAUCGUUGACAAAGUGUAGAAGAAACUAUUACUCUUAAUUUGCAAGCUUAUUGAUAGCCUGAGGGCGAUCUGCUGCCAGAGGUAGAGGACCGAAUACGUGCAGAGUAUGGAGUAACGUUCAA